AUAGUUUAGUUUUAAGCAAGUCUUAAGACUAAAGAUCAAAUUUUUUUCUUGGUUUAGGUCUACCAACUGGUGGUUACCGAUUCAGACCCUUAACCAUCAAAAACCAAAAUAUUCUCUUCACCAAGAUAAAAACAACCACCCCCACAAUACCAAUUUUCUGUUCUUAGUAGAAACCAACAAAAAUUAUUAAAGAAAAUAGAAGCUUCUAGGGGAGUUUUUGAGCUGACCCCACUUAAGAAAGUUUGGUAUUAUUGAAAAGGAAUAUAUUAUUAUUAUUGUUUUGCUUUUUGUUUUUUCAUGAAAUUUCAAGAAUGGAAGGUUGGAGUUGAUUAUUCUUUGCUUUUUCUUGUUUUUUCACUAUUGUUUGUUUAUUUUUUGAAUAUUUUUUGGUUGGUGUCAUUGUUCAAUGAUAAGGAGGGGUUGGUGUGCUUAGGAUCUUUAGGAUCAGUUUUUGUCUCCAUAUUGGGAAGCUUUGGUUUUGAGCCAAUUAGGAGUUGUGCUUUCAAUCACUCUCUUUGCUCCUCUCUUUUUCUCUUCUGUGCAGUGUGCUCCCUUGGUUGAAAACACAAAGACAAGUUCUUUUCUUUCCAGCUCCCAAAAGAAUUUCUUCCAACACUUUGCUAAUGAUUUGUAGUUCGAUCGAGUCACUUGAGCAGGAGGUUGUGAUUCUUGAGACAUUAUAGGGAUAGAUAUAAUGUCUGCUUACUAUUCAAAUUUGUCCAAUCAAAGAGAGGUUUUGCCAAUGUCCUUUUUGCCAGACCAGAAAUUUGAUUCUUAUCACUCAGCUGGUCUUUCGGAUAGUUCAAUUCACCUUAACCAGCAUUCUUCUACGGUCUCAUACUCGGAAUUGCCUGCUCAGAGUUAUGGUGAAGUUCAAACAAUAAGAGGCAAAGAUGAGAUGCUGUUCAUUCCACCAACCAGUGAAUCGGGAAGUAUGCAACCAAUUGGUAGGUCAGUGAAUGCUGCACCCAAUUUUUUGGAUAAUUCAGUUAUGAUGGAUCCCCGUUCUUUUCCAACGAAACAGCUUUUUGUGCCCAACAUUGAACAAAGCCUUCAAAAUCAAGGACUAUCUCUUAGUUUGGGUACGCAAGUUCCACCUUCGCUUCAUGUGUAUUCGUAUCAAGAUGACUAUACAAAUUCGAGUCUAUCUUCUUUGGUGGGUACUCAUGUUUUGCACUCAGAGCAGGGAUCUGAAGACAAGGAAUCUAAAGUUGCCGAGUACUUGUCAUUUGAUUUAGCUAGAGGAACUAGAGCUGCUAAUAACCCCCAAAACUCCAUGAGCCUGAGAAAUAUGAAUUCUGGUGCACAUUCCAUUUACAACUCUAAAAAUCUAAAGGCUGCUCAAGAUUUGCUUGAUGAAGUAGUUAAUGUUCAGGAAGCACUGAAACAAUCAGAUAGACUACGUAACUUCAAUUUGCUCGGGCAAGAUCGUUCUGAAGAGGCUGAUCUCAAAUCUAGUUGUUCUGCCUCUGGUAUAUCUGGUGAUCAAAAUAAUUCAAUUAAAGGUGAACUUUCACCUGCUGAGCGACAUGAUCUCGAGAGCAAGAUGACUAAACUCUUUUCCAUGUUGGAUGAGGUGGAUAGGAGAUACAAAGAAUAUUACCAGCAGAUGCAAGCAGUGGUAUCUUCAUUUGAGAUGGUUGCUGGACUUGGUGCAGCUAAACCAUACACAUCACUUGCCCUUAAAACCAUAUCCCGCCAGUUCCGCUGCUUGAGGGACGCAAUCAAGAAGCAGAUUCAAGUUACUCGUCGAAGCUUGGGGGAGCAAGGUGAUAGUCAAGGGGAAAGAUUAUAUCGUCUCCGUUAUGUGGAUCAGCAACUGAGGCAGCAAAGGUCCCUUCAGCAAUUUGGUAUGAUGCGCCAGCCUUGGAGGCCACAGAGGGGCUUGCCGGAGACUGCUGUUUCAGUCCUUCGUGCUUGGCUUUUCGAACAUUUCCUCCAUCCCUACCCAAAAGAUUCUGAGAAAAUCAUGCUGGCAAGACAGACGGGUUUAACAAGAAGUCAGGUGGCGAACUGGUUCAUAAAUGCUCGGGUGCGCCUCUGGAAGCCCAUGAUUGAAGAUAUGUACAAGGAGGAGUUUGGUGAGGCGGAAGCAGGAUCUGGAGCUUCACCAGACCGUGCUCCAGAAGAGUCCAAAGAAAAGUCAAUAGCUGAGAACACAGGAGAAGAGAUUCCUGAAAGCUUUACUACACCAGCUGUUAAUUGCAGUCAUCUUGACCCCUCUGAUGAGUCAAGUAAUGUUGUUACCAAUGUACAAAAUAAUUCAUUCAUAACCAAAUUUAGUUUUCAAGACGGUGCUUAUGAACAUGAGAAGAUUGAUGCUGUCAAUACAUACCACGCCUCCAUGUUAGGUGAUAUAAUGGGAAAUCAAGUAUCACUCGCUCUACGUCUACAAAACAGUCAAAUUGAUCAGCAGCCAAUAUCUGGUAGGACACAGUUAGCGGAAGAUGACAAGACAGGAUCGACUCUGGACAUUAGCAAAGGAGAAUAUUAUUACAUCGACCCAGUAAACCAGCAAGAGAGGUUUUCAGGGCCUCAUCUGCUAUCCGAUUUUGUAGCAUAAUGGUUUCUUGCAUAUAUUGGUUAUAAGAUCUUUUUUGCCAGUUAUUGUAUCACUGAGAAUUUGGGUUACCAAAUAUGUGAAUAUACCAAUGGAUAAUCCGUCUGUAUAAUAGUGAGGAGAUUGUGAAUAGUUUAGACUUAGAAUCCUCAGGUGAUAUACAUAUAUGUAAUUUUGUGCUUGAAUAUGAGAAUAAAGAUCGCAUAGAAUUUGAAAUUA